GAUCAAAUAAAUCAAGUGUACUUGUACAUGGACAUUUUAUCGAAUCGAAUAUUUAUUGUCAAAUAAUAAUCUUCUUUUGGCUUUACUCGUUUCAAAAAUUUAGAAUUUUCUCAAAGUCGAUAUGGCUUUAAUGAGAAAUGUAUUUAAUUUGUGUACUAGAAAUAAUUCAAUGAUAUAUGUUUCAGUGAGAAAUCAUUGGAAUAAAGACUAUGCACCCGCUCCUUUUCCGAAGACACAAGAGGAGCGUUUGGCAGCGAUUGAGAAAUACCAAGUAAUGCCAUCGCAGUAUAAACCUUAUGAAGAUGAUGGAUCUGGUUGCGGCGAUUAUCCAAAUCUACCUAUUGUAUCUGGGGAUGCACGAGAUCCGUUUUAUCCUUGGGAUCACCCAGAAACCAAACGAAACUUUGGUGAAUUGAUUCAUGCAGAAGAAGAGAUGUAUGCCGAGCACCGCUACGAUAUAAGUGCACGGCUUCGUGUACCUAUACGUCUUCAAGUGUUGCAAACAGUUGGAGUGAUGUUGGGAUUAUUUACAAUUUAUUGUUGUCUUGAAAACGUUAAAUUUUUCCACUCUCUUGCAGAGAAACAAUAUCCAAAACCGGGUGAAAAACAUUACACCUUUGAAUUGGAAUAAUCAUGAUUCAUGAAAUAGGUUUCAUUAUACGAACGCUGUUAAUUCAUUAAAUGUGUAAUAAGUUGAAUUGAAUUUCUGUAUAUAAUUUCAAUAAUAUAACAUGCUCUUA